AUGUUGAACCUUAGCCACAAUUUGAUCACGUUGUUUUCCGGUUUUGGACGUCUUCAACAUCUCACGAUUCGAGCUCCAGAGCGCACAGCGAUACUUGCAAAUUGUUUCAUUGAACCCAUCAAACAUCUCCCAUUACUUGAAUCACUCGAGCUCGCGCAUGUUUUGAUGGGUGAUGGCGCAGAGUACGAAAACCUUCCUACCUGUAUUUCUAAUCUCACAAAUCUCAAGCAGCUUAUUCUAAAGGAUGUAGAGUUGUUGGAUAGAGGUUGGGCUUACCAUAAGUCACCGCCUCAAUUAGUCAAUCUUGUCAUUCACGAUUGCCUGCCUCUCCGCAUAUCAGAUAUGCCCUGGUUUAUCGAAACUUGGGUUCCUCAACUUACUCAUUUCGAUAUCAAAUUUCAUAAUGAAGUCAGCGACAUAGAUCAUAACCUACCAAUAUUUGACCCAGACGAUUACCUAAUUUCUUUACCGGCUUUAACACAUUUGACCAUAUGGCCUAAUGAUGAUUGCCCCUUUAUUCGCUCCUUUGCCGAUUGCAAAACUCUUCGUCAUCUCAAGGUCUAUCAACUUCCAAACUACGAUGCUUUUGAUUAUCUGUCAGAUAUGGAGUCAGAGGAAGUAUCAGAACUUUCUGACUUUCUCACCAGCCAUGUGUUCCCCAAUCUCAAGACGGUAGCUUUGCACAUAGAUUAUGAUAUAUGGCCACUUGACCCUGCUUCACUGAAACGAUUGAAAGGUAUAUGUAGAUCUAAAGGAAUCAGAUUCAGUAAGGUUGCGGAGAACGCAAAAGAGAAGCUUUUACAUAAUCCAAUGCACUUCCAUUGCUAA